AUAUCUAAUUUCUUAAACAAGAAUAUCAAAUUAGAAAGGAAACUUAAAUCCGCUAUGUCAACCCACAAAGACCAUGCACCUGAGAAACUGAAACUGAAGACAGAAGUUGGGCUGUUGGGUGGUGUUUCCCUUAUUGCAGGGGUCAUGGUUGGAUCUGGAAUCUUCAUGUCUCCUCAAUAUGUGCUACUUAACAUUGGGAGCCCAGGGGCAAGUCUGUUAAUAUGGGCUGCAAGUGGAUUAUUGGUCAUGCUUGCCUCCUUGUGCUAUGCUGAAUUAGGAACAGUAAUACGUGAGUCUGGAGGAGAAUAUGUUUACAUCUUACGUACUUCAGGCAACCUCAUGGCCUUCAUAUUCGCUUUCAGCUCUGUUGUUGUAGUGAGACCCACCGGUAUAACAGGAGUGGCACUGAGCUUUGCCCAAAAUGCUCUUGCGCCUUUCUAUGAUGAUUGCCCGCCACCAGAUGGAGCUGUAAAGUGUUUGGCAGCUGCAGGAAUUGUUGCAUUGACAGUUGUGAACUGCCUGAAUGUGCGCUCGUCCAUUGCAGUUACAGUGUUCUUCACGGCUGUAAAAAUCCUCUCUAUGGUGGUGAUCAUGGUUGGGGGAGUCGUUCUACUCAUUCAAGGAAACACGUCCAACAGUCUACAACAGUCCUUUGAUGGGAGUAAACUGAGUGCCAGUGCCAUUGUAACAGCUUUUUACCAGUGUUUGUGGUCUUUUGAUGGAUGGAACAACUUGAACGCAGUAAUUGAGGAGGUCAAGCGUCCUGAGGUUAACCUGCCAAGGGCACUAAUGAUUGCUAUUCCCAUGGUAACCAUUCUCUACCUAUUGGUCAACAUCAGUUAUCUCAUUGUCAUGACACCAACAGAGAUGAUAUCCUCUAGUGCAGUGGCUGUUACUUGGGGGAAUAAAGUAUUAGGAGGAUGGGGCUGGGUGAUGUCUGUUGCUGCAGCACUGUCAUCCUUUGGAUCCCUUAAUGGGUCUUUUUUUAGUGGUGGACGUGUUUGUUAUGUGACGGCAAGAGAGGGACACAUGCCAGACAUUCUGGCAAUGGCUCACAUGAAGCGGCUCACUCCUUCUCCAGCACUCAUUUUCACCACAAUCAUAUCUCUUAUUGUGCUCAUUCCUGGGGAUUUUCAGGGGAUAAUCAACUUCUUCAGUUUCACUGCCUGGUUUUUCUAUGGGGUUACAUUAUCGGGACUUCUGUAUUUAAAAAUCAAGAAGCCAGAACUUCCUCGGGCAGUUACGGUACCCAUAAUUAUCCCCAUCUUGGUGUUGUUGGCUGCUGUCUUCCUGGUUUUGGCACCCAUUAUUGAUGAUCCUCAGAUUGAGUAUCUCUAUGUGACUAUCUUCAUACUAAGUAGCAUUGUGAUUUACAUACCCUUCAUUCACUUCAAGCUCUUCCCAGGAGUUUUAAAUAGACUUACAAUCUUCCUCCAACUCUUCCUAGAAGUGGCACCAAUUGACAAAAAUCUGUGAUUCAGAGAAAACUAUUUUUUUAUGAAUUCAUGACUAAGAAUGUUCUAUCAUAAAUAGUUAUUCAAACCAGGUUCUUCAAAUCAUAUGUAAUAAUGAAAGGUCAGAAGAGAUAAGAGUGUCAUAAUGUUAUGAUUUACCAUUCAGUCAAUGUAAAUUCAAAUGUAAAUUAUUAAACUUUUGCCCUAAUUGUG